AUGAAGAUGGUACGCCAAUUGCUGUGCCUGCUGGCCCUCGCACUGUGGUGCUGCACAGCCCUGUGCGUGAGUGCUGCUGUGCCUGAGAUAAGCGUCCCGCUCGAUAAGGCAGCAGCGCAAGCUGCGGACGCGGUGAAGGAAGCGAAUGGGGCGGCAGAGGCAGCGGAGGCUGUGAGGUCACUCGCUUUGGACGCAGUGCAAAGAGCUAACGCAGCGGUGACCAACGCCAGAGCCACAGCGACGCUCAUUGAGGAGGGUGAAGCGAUGGCUGAGAAGGCUUCGGAGUAUGCUGAACGGGCAGUGGCGCUGUGUAACGCUGGAGGGAAGCUGGCUGAAAACCCGCACAAGAGCGGCGAGGCGGCGACAGAAGCAACGCCAACGCAUGUAACGGGCGUGGAGAGUGCAACAUUAAGCUCGGGAUCGGCAGCAAUUAGACCUGCUGCGAGCUUUGUGUAUUCGCUGAGUGCUGAAGGAGGGGCGCAGGGGGGUCCGGCUACGGCGGAAACACCGUCUAUAAUAAUGCCAAGGACUGAGAGGGAGCGGCAGGCUUCUGUGCCACCUCGAGCAAAGGCUGCUAAAGUACUGAAAGCUGAGAGUGCGAGCGGAGGUGUCGCUGUUCCAUCGCCGACACCUUCGCCCGAAGCUCAUGGCGUGCGUGCGAAUUCAGCUCCGCCGAGUGGUGAUAUGAGUGGCACGGACAGUCUGCAAAGCUCUCAGGUGAAGCCGAAGAAAACCGUUCCAGAGAAGCAGCUGAGCCAUGCCAGGCCUGUGCAACGUGCUUCGCGGCAGGUACUGAUGGCAUCAUCGUCGACUUCCGAUGAAAAUGUGUCCUCCGGCGAAACACCCGCCUCACCGAAGCAGGUGGCGUCUACGAAUAUGGUUGAGAACAUUCCAGAGGCAGUGAAGAAAACGACGGAUGCGGCUCGGAAAAUGAUGGAGGCCGCGAAUAAAUUCACAGCUGCGGCGGACUCGGCGGGCGAGGCAAGCAUGGAUGCCGCUGAGGCCAAGAAUAAGGCGGACGAAGUCAUGGACACAGGUGCAGAAGCUGCUGGAGCAGCCAUGGAGGCGUCGAGGAAGGCUGCGGAGCUGGCAGAGAUCUGCAAGGAGGCUGAGGCGAAAUGUGCGGAUGCGGUGGAUGAUGUCACGACAGCAGCUGCGCAGGCCGACGAGGCGAUUGAGAAAGCUGAGAUUGCCGUGGAGGAGGCGAGGCAGGCUGCGGCGAACGCCAAUUACGCGGUGGAGAAGGCUCGGGAGGCAGAGGGCAUUGCCACGGCUGCAGCGGACAAGGUUAUGCAGGCAGCGGAGGACGUUGCUGGUGUGCCGGACUCCCUCGCGAAUGCGGCAGAGUACGCUGAGACGGUAAAGCAGACUAGAGGAACGAGUGCUACUGAGGCGAAUGAUGAAGUCAAAGCCAAGGAGGCAGUGAAGGUUGUUGCGGAUGGCGCACGCCUCGCUAAGAAUUCAGCGGACAUCGCGAAGGGUGUCAAGGCGGGGAAUGCAGAGGCGGUGGAGCUUAUUAAGGACGCGCAGAGGUGUGCUGAGGCAGCUGUGGAAAGGGCGACGGCUGCAGAGAAGAAUGCUGGCCUGGUGAGGGACCUCACUGCAGCCGCUUCGGAGGCUGCUGAGGGUGUGGUGCAACGCACGCAGGCAGUCGCUGCAGCAGCGCUGAAGACAGCUGAGGGGAAGGCGCGGCGUAUGACUGAUGGAGCGGCUGCGGCGUCCUGCAAGACGAAUGGCAGCGUCAUUGCUGCGUGGCUGCAUACACCACUACUGGUGUUGUUGCUGAUAGGGGCGCUGACCCUAGGUUCUGUGUGA